AUGUCCGUAUUCGAUUGCUUGAAAAAGAAUACCCGUCUACCACUCUACGUCCCACCAUUAAGAUGGCGAGAGGAACAUCUCGAGCAUCUCCGAGUUUCUAAAACGAUAUCGAGGCUCGAGUUACCGAUAAUACCGAGUGAUAUAUUGGAAGCCCUCAAUCCAAUUCCGGGUACACCGGCUCCGAGAUCAAAGAAAUAUGUUGACUUACGAUGGUUCUGUGAGUCGGCAAUAUUUGAGUUGCUUGAGGCUAUCGGGUUGAGUUAUAAAUACUAUGCCCAAACGGACCGGCAUCGGUUCGUGGUGAUCAUCUUUGCUUAG